AUGUCAUUUCAUUCACCGAAUCCGAGUCCACUGAUAAAUGCUAGUGCAUGGUCACGCUUUUUUCAUAGUUGGAUAUCAUACAUUUUGAAGAAAAGUCGUAAACAGGGUACACUUCAUCCUUCCGAUCUGUAUGAUAUUCCUUCACAUCUUGAAUCAGCAAAAGUUACUGAACAACUCGAAACAAGUUGGUUCAAUGAAAUAAAACGAUCUCCUCAGAAUCCGAGUUUAAUUAGAGCAACUAUAUAUGCUAUGAGAUGGACACCACUUCUUAUUGGCUUUCUUCUUAUUCCAAUGUCAUUAUGUCAUGUCAUCCAACCAUUGUUAAUCAUCAUUCUGAUGGAUUUCUUUCAAGAAUGUUCAAGAAUGUCAAUCAGAAUGGUUUGGCUUUUAGGAAUUGCAAAUAUUCUAAUUACCAUAUGUUCGAGUCUUCUAAUGCAUCAGUAUAUUUAUCGAACUGGUAUUCAUGCUAUGAAAAUGCGCAUUGCAUAUAGUGGUCUUAUCUUUGGAAAAAGUAAGAAUGAUUCAAUAUUCGCAUCGAAAGUGUCAGAAAAGACAAUGAUUGAAGAUCAAUCACUACAAUUGAUAUGUAAUGUAAUACGAGCACAAUGGGAAAAGAAUGCGUCAUUUUGUCUUCGAGAUAUCACAUUCAAUGCUAAUCCAGGUGAUUUGAUCUGUGUCAUUGGACCUGUUGGUUCUGGAAAGAGCUCUCUUCUGCAAAUACUUUCUGGCGAAAUGACUUCCUUCGAUGGAAACGUUCAGCUGUGCGGCUCAUUAUGUUAUGUACCUCAAGAAUCUUGGUUAUUUCCAUCGAGCAUCAAAGAAAAUAUUUUAUUUGGUAAAGCGUAUGAUCCGAAAUUAUUUCAACGUGUCAUUCAUGCGACUGCGUUAAAACAUGAUCUUUCUCAAUGGUCAGAUAAUCUCAACACUCUUGUUGGUGAUCAAGGCUCGACAUUAUCUGGCGGUCAAAAAGCUCGUAUAAACAUGGCACGUGCAUUGUAUCGAGAUGCUGAUAUCUAUUUAUUGGAUGAUCCACUUUCGGCUGUCGAUGUUAAAGUAUCAAAGUAUCUAUUUGAAAAAUCAAUCAAGCAAUUUCUUGGAAAUAAAAUAUGUAUUCUAGCUACACAUCAAGUGCAAUUCUUACAAGAAGCUACAACAAUUAUCAUAUUAAAUAAUAACGGUGAAGCAGAAAUUGGUUCUUAUGAUCAACUACUUAGUUCUUCAUCUUCAUUUGCUAGUUUUCUGAAAGAUAUUCGUCAGCAUAAACUAGAGGAUGAACAGGAUUCAACAGGCACUCAAGAACAGCUAACGAUGGAUGAUUCUGUCACUUCAGAAUGUGUCGAUGAAAAAAGCACGUUUAUACCUUCGACAGAUAAAGAAACUAAGCAAGAAGGCACAAUCAAAUCCAAUGUUUAUCUUUCUUAUUUUCGAACUGGUCUUGGCUUUUUCGGCAAUUUUGUUUUGAUCUUAGUUAUCUGUACGGGACGAGAAAUGAUUUCUAUUUUCAGCGAUCGCUGCUUGGCAAUGUGGAGUGAUGAUGAAAGUCAUCGUUAUCAACCAUUUGGAAACUGUACAAAUGUAACAAAAAACUCAAUACAUUUGAAAACUAAUACCGAAUGGAAUAAUUACCGAGCUCAAUAUUUCUAUAUUUAUUGUGGUAGUGUACUUAUCCUUUUUGUUGCCAGUUUAUUUCGCGUUGUAAUUACUGAGUUUAUUUGUUUAAAUGCGGGACGAAUUCUUCAUGACAAAAUGUUUUCUCAAAUUCUACGAUGUCCAAUUUCAUUCUUUGACAUAAAUCCUAUUGGUCGAAUAAUAAAUCGUUUUACACACGAUGUUGCCAUAAUGGAUGAUUAUCUUCCAAUUAGUUCAUUUGAUUUGCUGCAAUAUUUAUUCAAAGCUAUUGGUAUCAUUAUAUUAAUUGCAUGGAUUAAUCCAUGGUCAUUGAUUCCAGCAAUGAUAACCAUUGCUGGUAUAGUUUACAUUCGUCAUUAUUAUGCUCGAUGUUUGCGUGAUGUUAAACGCAUUGAAUGUACUUCACGUAGUCCUAUCGGAUCAUGUUUAACAUCAACUAUUCAAGGACUCAAAGUCAUCCGAUCGUAUCAUGCUGAACAAAUAUGUGCAAAUAAAUUUUUUACUGCUUAUAAUGAUAAUACACGAGCGAAUUAUUUGAUCUGUACUAUUAAUCGGUGGGCUGCGAUACGAUUUGACUUCGUUUCUUUGCUAUUCAUCGCGUUAGUGACACUCCUUGCGGUGAUUGUACGUAUCUAUCAAUCUCAGAUUUCUGCAGGUGAUAUUGCUCUUAUUCUAUCAUAUAGUCUCAAUUUGAUGGGAACUCUACAACUAGCUAUAAGACUAUCCGUUGAUGUAGAAACACAAAUGACUUCAGUGGAACGAGUAAUUGAAUAUUGUUCGCUUGAUCAAGAGCCAACUAUUCAAAUAUCAUCUGAUCAUCGUCCGUUAUCGAAUUGGCCACAUAAAGGACGAAUUAUUUUUGAUAAUGUUUCUCUGCGCCAUACAACUAAUGUAAAAUCACCGCCUGCUCUUCGUAAUAUAUCAAUAACUAUUGAAAGUGGCGAGAAAAUUGGCAUUGUUGGUCGGACAGGUGCUGGAAAAAGUUCCUUUAUUCAAGCAUUGUUUCGAAUGGGUUAUUUCGUUGAUGGUCACAUCAAAAUUGACGAUGUUAAUAUUGCAUCGGUUGAUUUGAAUGAUUUACGACGACACAUUUCAAUUAUUUGCCAAGAUCCUAUUCUCUUUACUGGUACUAUACGAAAUAAUCUUGAUCCAUCUGGUCAGUAUUCAGACUGUGAACUAUGGCAUGCGCUCGAAAAGGUCUUUGGAAAUGUACAGUUGAAAACAUUUGUGACGAAGGAAAUGAUGAAUGGAUUGCAAUCAAUAGUCGAUGAAAAUGGAUCUAAUUUGAGUGUCGGUCAAAAGCAAAUAUUAUGUUUAGCACGAGCAUUUCUCAAGAAGAAUAAAAUAUUUGUAAUGGAUGAGACUACUGCUCAUGUUGAUAACACUAUGGAUGAAAUCAUACAACGUACAAUCCGUGAACAAUUUCGUAAUUGUACCGUUUUAACUGUGGCUCAUCGUUUGCGUACUGUAAUCAAUAGUGAUCGUAUUUUGGUGCUUGAGAACGGCAAGAUACUCGAAUUCGACAGUCCGCGUGUUUUACUCUUGGAUCCUACUUCACACUUAUCUUCGCUCGUAAAGCAAGCUGGAACAGCUGAAGUGGAAUAUUUACGAAUGAUGGGCAAUGCUAUUACUGAUAAUAAGGAAUCUGAAAGAGUAUAA